CACGUGACAGGAAGUAGCGGUCCCUUCGGGGUCAAGAUGGCGGCGUACAGCGUGUGAAGAGGACACUAGCGGUAGCUGUUUGGAACGUGGAGAACAUGCUUAAGACGCCAUGUAGCCGUGCAGCAGGUCUGACUGGUGCCGCUGUGACCCUGACGCUCUUAAUUAAUGCCCCCAGAAACCAGCGCAGCAUCCGGACUGUAGCGCAGCUCUGCAGGAGCGACCCGGCACGCUGGAUCACCUUCCAGCACCUGCGUUUCCUUAAGCGUCAGUAUGUGAAGGCGAGCAGUGAUCUGAGCCAGCGAGCUCGGGCGAAGCAGGAGCCUGUGAACUCCACGCUGGAAGAAAGAGCAGAUGUGGUACUCAGGCAGAUUCAGGAGAUCCCAGACAUUAAGCCUGUACCUCACGUGGCAGUUCCGAGCACUGAUGACGAGCCCGAGGCAGUCAGAAAGGCUCGGAUCGAGGCUCGGCAGUGGAAGGAGCUCAGCAUCAACUACUCAGAGUUACCAGGGAUCUAUGCUCGGCUCUCUAAAAUCAAGCUCACGGCGCUCGUGGUCACGACAGCGGCAGCGGGAUACGCGAUGGCUCCUGUGCCCUUUGACCCCAUGACCUUCCUGCUGGCCACAGUUGGAACAGGACUCUCUUCAUGUACGGCCAAUUCUAUUAACCAGUACUUCGAGGUGCCCUUUGAUUCCAACAUGAACCGUACGAAAAACAGGCCGUUAGUCCGAGGACAAAUAAGCCCCCUCCAUGCUGUAUCAUUCGCUCUUGCCUGUGGGAUCCCGGGCGUGACCUUGUUGACCCUGGCUGUGAAUCCUCUCACAGGGCUCCUGGGGGCUCUGAACAUCGUCCUGUACACGUGUUGUUACACGCCGCUGAAACGCCUGAGCAUCACUAACACGUGGGUGGGCUCGUUGGUGGGGGCAAUUCCACCCAUCAUGGGCUGGACCGCUGCAACAGGCACACUUGAUCCAGGUGCUCUUCUGCUGGGAGCGUUCCUGUACUCCUGGCAGUUCCCUCACUUCAACUCUCUGAGCUGGAACCUACGAGAGGACUACUCGCGUGGUGGAUACCGCAUGAUGUCAGUCACCCAUCCUACCCUGUGUAAGCAGGUGGCACUACGUCACAGCGUGGCCCUGAUCGGCCUGUCCGCGCUCGGUCCCGUGCUGGACGUCACCACCUGGACCUUCCCGCUCGUGUCUCUACCCAUCAACCUGUACAUCAGCUACCUGGCUUUCCGCUUCUACCAGAGCGGUGAGCGCCAGAGCGCCCGCAAGCUCUUCUUCUGUAGCCUCUGGCACCUGCCUAUGCUGCUGCUGCUCACUCUUACCUGCAAGAAGAGACGCCCGUCCGAGGAGGCGGGGCCGACCGGGUCCGCCGAUACAGCUGUCGCAUUACACGCUUCCUCUUCUUCUUAAAUCGGCUUUAUUUUUUAUUUUUUCUUCGAGAACGGCAGCUCAGAUCGAUCAGAGGAAGAGCUCAGACCGAAUAAAGAUGAAGAGUCUGAUCUGAAUAUAUACGGUUGAUAAAAUGAUAAAAUUCCUGGAGUCACUCAGGUACAGAAAAGAAAAGUGUGUAAAUAUGUUAAUUAUUUAAUUAAAUAUCCAGCCGCACAAUAGCUUUGACUCUCUGAAUGAAUCACAAAAGUACAUUAUAGGAAAUCGGAUCCAGAUUUGUGUCUGGAGGACUUCGGAGCAUGUCAUUACGCACUGUCCUGAGUUACAGCUCGGGUGUAAAGCCAUAAAUUCAUAUAUCGUUUAACUCUGAUGCUAAGAGAGCCACACAGCGGUAUGAUGUUGGAUGAGGGAACUGGAGAGGCUUUUGGAAAAACUGAGCCAUGUUUCCAGCGGGUUAAGAGACGAUCCAGUGUAUAUUUCAAUGUAGGAGUCAAAAUAAAUUUGUUCAGAGACGAAACAAAACACAACGUCACAAAUAUUUACUUUGUUGCUAAAACAAAUGCUUAUUUUUCUUCAGUGAUGGACCUUUGAUUGUUCUUCAAUGGUCACGCUUUGUUUCACUCAUAAUCAUGUUCAGAAAACUUUGUUGUUGGUGCAGAUUCUCCACCCCAGAAGUCUCCACAUCGCAGAUAGAAAAGGGUUGUGAUACUGCAGAGAGAUCCUGAGCACCUUCUGUUGGCUUUCACGCUAUCUUACAUACUGUAUACACCUCAUGAUGUUGUGUAACUUCUACAUCUGACCUCAGUGUAGAAAUAAUCACCUGUGUGUGAUGAUAAACGUGUUCUUUCAAAAUGUUUAAAAUAAAUGUUUAAACCGUG